AUGGAUCUCCUGGGAGCCGUGACCCUGUUCCUGGUCAUCUGCCUCUCCUACCUCCUGCUCCUCUCCACCUGGCGGCAAAUGCAGGGCCGGGGGGAAAUGCCCCCAGGACCCACCCCGCUGCCCCUCCUCGGGAACCUGCUGCAGGUCGAGCUCAGCAACAUGCGCAAGUCGCUGAUGAAGAUCAGCGAGCGCUACGGCCCCGUCUACACCCUCCACCUGGGCUCCCGGCGGGUGGUGGUGCUGUGCGGCUACCGGGCGGUGAAGGAGGCCCUGCUGGACCAGGCCGAGGACUUCAGCGGGCGCGGGGAACAAGCCACCUUCAGCUGGCUCUUCGAGGGCUACGGAGUGAUCUUCAGCAACGGGGAGAGAGCGAAGCAGCUGCGGCGACUCUCCAUCACCACGCUGAGGAACUUCGGGGUGGGCAAGCGAGGCAUCGAGGAGCGGAUCCUGGAGGAGGCGCAGUUCCUGCUGGAAGCCUUGCGGGGCACGAAAGGUUUGCCCUUUGACCCCACCUACUUCCUGAGCCGCACGGUGUCCAACGUCAUCAGCUCCGUGGUCUUUGGGGACCGGUUCGACUAUGAGGACGAGGAGUUCCUCUCCCUGCUCUCCAUGAUGAUGGACAGCUUCAACUUCACCGCCACAGCCUGGGGGCAGCUCUACGAGAUGUUCUCGGGCACCAUGCGCUACCUGCCCGGCCCCCAGCGCGCAGCGUUCAAGCAGCUGGCAGGGCUGGAGAAGUUCAUCGAGAGGAAGGUGAAGGCGAAUCAGGAGACCCUGGACCCCAGCGCCCCUCGGGAUUUCAUCGACUGCUUCCUGGUCAAAAUGCAGCAGGAAAAGGAAAAUCCUUCCUCUGAGUUUUCCCUGAAGAACAUUGUUCUGACGGCGCUCAACGUCUUCUUCGCCGGGACGGAGACCGUCAGCACCACCCUGCGCUACGGCUUCCUCCUCCUGCUGAAAUACCCGGAGAUCGAAGAAAGGAUCCACGAGGAGAUCGACCGGGUGAUCGGGCGGAACCGCGCCCCGAGCAUGGAGGACCGGAGCCGGAUGCCCUACACCGACGCCGUCAUCCAUGAGUUCCAGAGGUUCUGUGACGUCAUCCCCAUGGGCCUGGCGCGCCGGGUGACCAGGGACACCCAGUUCCGGGGAUACACUAUUCCCAAGGGGACGGAGGUGUACCCGAUGCUGGGAUCCGUGCUGUAUGACCCCACGCAAUUCAGCAGCCCCGACACCUUCGACCCCGGCCAUUUCCUGGAUGGCAACGGCCAGUUUAAGAAGAGCGACGCCUUCGUGCCCUUCUCAAUAGGGAAGAGGUAUUGUUUCGGGGAGAUGCUGGCACGCAUGGAGCUCUUCCUCUUCCUCACCAGCAUCCUGCAGAACUUCCGCUUCCGCUCCCCCGUGGAGCCCAAAGACAUCGACAUCUCGCCGAGGCUGGUCGGGUUCGCCACCCUGCCCCGCAGCUACGAGAUCUGCCUGCUCCCACGCUAGGAGCAGACGGGAUCUCCCGGGGCAGCCUUGGGGAGGGAGGGGAAGGGACCAACCUGGGGAUGUCAGGGGCCAGAGCAGCCGGGGACAGCUGCUGGCCUGCUCCCUGGCUUACCGCGCUGCUCAGCCACCCACGAGCCCCGCCACACAGCAUGAACAUUUCGAGUGGCCACAGCCGCUGACUGGCUGCUAGUUUAGCAGUUCGGCUUAUUGGCCCCCUGCAGCAGAUCAGUGGCUGCCCAACGCAUGCCAGGCCUGCAGCUGUGCUUGCCCUUGUUCCCGUCCCUCCUCCAGCCCCGCUCCAGCCCCGCUCCAGCCCCGCUCCAGCCCUUGUUCCCGUCCC